ACAUUGAAUAAGCACAAAGAAUAACCAUGCGAGCGCUCCUGGGUGUGUUGGCGUGUUCUCUGACUGUACUGUCUGCUUACGGUCUCUACACCUCUAGUGAUGAUGUGGUUGAACUCAACCCAUCCAACUUUAACAGAGAAGUCAUUCAGAGUGACAGUCUCUGGCUGGUCGAGUUUUAUGCUCCCUGGUGUGGUCACUGCAAGAGUUUGGCUCCCGAAUGGAAGAAAGCAGCCACAGCUUUAAAGGGCAUUGUGAAGGUGGGCGCUGUGGAUGCCGAUCAACACAACUCUCUGGGAGGCCAGUAUGGAGUCCGAGGCUUUCCGACUAUCAAGAUCUUUGGAGGCAACAAACACAAGCCAGAGGAUUACCAAGGUGGCCGUACAAAUCAAGCCAUUGUAGACGCAGCUCUGAAUGCUCUUCGUUCUCUGGUUAAAGACAGACUUGGUGGAAAGACAGGAGGCUCAGACUACAGCAGACAGAGUGGAGGUGGUGCGGGCAAUAAGAAGGAUGUGGUGGAGCUGACUGAUGAUAACUUUGACCGAACCGUGCUGGAGAGCGAUGAUGUCUGGCUGGUCGAGUUCUUCGCCCCCUGGUGUGGACACUGCAAAAAUCUUGAGCCGGAAUGGACAGCGGCCGCCACAGAAGUCAAAGAGCAGACAAAGGGGAAAGUGAAACUGGCUGCUGUGGACGCCACUGUUCACCAGGGCUUGGCAAGCCGCUUUGGGAUUCGAGGAUUCCCGACUAUCAAAGUCUUUCGUAAAGGAGAGGAGCCUGAGGACUAUCAGGGUGGACGAACCCGAUCUGACAUUGUUGCUCGUGCAUUGGAGCUGUACUCUGAUAACAUCCCGGCUCCUGAGCUGCAAGAGGUUUUGAAUGAAGGCAUUUUAAAGAAGACUUGUGAGGAUUAUCAGCUGUGCAUCAUAGCUGUGCUGCCACACAUUCUAGAUACAGGCGCAUCUGGAAGAAACUCUUACCUGGAGGUGAUGAAGACGAUGGCAGAGAAAUAUAAGAAGAAGAUGUGGGGUUGGUUGUGGACUGAAGCAGGGGCGCAGAUGGAGCUGGAAGCCUCUCUGGGGAUUGGUGGAUUUGGCUAUCCUGCCAUGGCAGCCAUUAACUCUCGUAAAAUGAAGUUCGCUCUGCUCAAAGGCUCAUUCAGUGAAACGGGCAUCCAUGAAUUCCUCAGGGAACUUUCUGUUGGCCGUGGCUCCACUGCUACGGUUGGAGGCGGAGCCUUGCCAAAGAUCAACACCGUCCAGGCUUGGGAUGGAAAAGAUGGAGAGUUGCCGAUGGAGGAUGACAUUGACCUGAGUGAUGUGGAUCUGGAUGAUCUGGAGAAGGAUGAGUUAUGAGUCUGGUCUAAACUACUCUAUACCCGAACACUGCCCAUGUCUUCUCUCCUGUGGAUGAGGGGAUGAAUGGGACACGAGUUUCCUUAAGACUUCUGUAAAAUUACAAAUAAAGCAUACCGUUGUGCAGCUUUUUAAAAAAAAACCUUUGUCCCUGUUAGUUUAAACAUGAGCCUCUUUCAGUGUGCACAUCAUGAUGCCUUCACGUUUCCAUUUAGUGACUGGCCAGAUCAGACAAUGAAGCAGAAUCUCUUUUGCAGUAAGCAGAUGUUUCUCUCUCACACACGCACACAGGCUCUUUCUGAUUUCUGUUUCGUCGACCAGAUUAAAUGUUUUACUAAUGAGAUCAGCCAGUGGUUAUUUAUCUUUUUUUUCUGUCAUUUCUGCAGCUCCUUUCACUGGAGUUGUUUCACCUUUCCUCCCUCUGAUGUGACUUUUUUUUUGGUUAUUUGUUUGUUUUUUAAAUUGUUACUGAAAUGAAUGUCAGCCAGCUUGUAUCCCAGUUUGCCCAUGUGUUAGAUUUGGGUGUAACGUGGGCGUCGUGUAGUUCUUUCAUACAGUUUGUUCUGAAAGACAAAAUGUUUUUGUUAUGAAAAUAAAACAAAAAUAAGUGUCC